AUGCGUAGAUCCAUCGCGACUGGGUUUACGCCGAUAGCGAAAAGGCUCAUCCUUUACAGGAAUCCCGUGGAGACAGUUAACCCUGGAGCUGCUCCUUCCUUCAGCCUUUGCGGUUUCAGUUUCUGGGUACGAGCUUUUUCUAAUCACCGAGACAAUUUGAGAAGCGAUCUCCACAAUCUUCAGCUUAAUGAGGCUCUCGAUUUAUUCACUCGGAUGGCUCACACUCGCCCACUUCCUUCCACUGGCGAUUUCACUAGAUUGCUGAGUGCAGUCUCCAAGAUGAACAGGUACGAAGCUGUGAUCUCCCUCUUUGACCAAAUGCAAAUGCUGGGGAUCUCAACGGUUGUGUACACCUGCAACAUCGUCAUGAACUCUCUGUGCCAAUCCUCUCAGCCUCAUCUUGCUUCGUCUUUCCUUGGGAAGAUGAUGAAACUUGGUUUCGAGCCUGAUGUAGUCACCUUUACUUCUCUGCUCAAUGGACUCUGUCGUAGGAAUAGAAUCGACGAUGCCGUAGCUUUGUUUAAUCAGAUUCUCCAAAUAGGAUAUAGACCUAAUGUUGUGACAUACACCACACUGAUUCACUGUCUCUGCAAGAACGGGCAUGUGAAUCACGCGAUGUACCUUUUCAACCAGAUGGAGACCAAUGGGGUUAGACCUAAUGUCGUCACCUACAACUCGCUCGUAACCGGUCUCUGUGAUUCCCGUAGAUGGAUAGAUGCCGCUUGGCUGCUCAGAGACAUGAUGAAGAGGAAGAUCGAACCUAACGUGAUCACUUUCACUGCGUUGAUCGAUGCGUUUGUGAAAGCUGGGAAGCUUCUUGAUGCUAAAGAACUGUACAGGGUAAUGAUAAAGAUGUCUAUAGCUCCUAACGUUUUCACUUACAACUCACUCAUCAACGGGUUUUGCAUCUACGGUCGACUAAAUGAGGCUAUGCGAAUGUUCUAUCUGAUGGAAAGCAAAGGCUGUUCCCCGAACAUAGUGACUUAUACUACUCUCAUACAUGGAUUGUGCAAGUCUAAGAGAGUAGAGGAAGGAGUGAGGAUCUUUUACGCCAUGUCAGGGAAAGGGUUAGUCGCCAACGCAAUCACUUACACGUCUCUUAUCCAAGGUUACUGUCUGGUGGGGAAACCUAGUGUUGCACAACAAGUGUUCAACCAGAUGGGUUCUCAUGGUGUUCAACCAGAUAUUAGGACCUACAACGUUCUGCUAGAUGGUCUGUGUUGUAACGGGCAGGUAGAGAAAGCGCUGGUGAUAUUCGAGCACAUGCGGAAGAGAGAGAUGGGUGUUAGUAUCGUUACGUAUACCAUCGUGAUCCAAGGGAUGUGCAAGGCUGGUAAGGUGGAAGAUGCUUUUGAUUUAUUUUGUAGCCUUUUCUCCAAAGGAGUGAAGCCUAACGUUGUAACGUACACCACAAUGAUAUCGGGGUUUUGUAGGCAAGGCCUAAUUCGUGAAGCUGAUGCGCUGUUUAAGAGAAUGAGAGAAGAUGGGUUCUCGCCAAAUGAGCGUGUGUCUUAA